UCUGAAUGUUUUGAAUAAGGAUGGUAAGGGCAUGACGGUCAUUAUACAGCUCCAAAAGGUUAUGUUUUGCGUUGUAAAAGGUUUAGGAUUUCAAUUUCUGUCCUACUUAGAAAUUUUGAUCCCUUUGCUUUGCCCAAAUCUCGACUGCAACCGGUUGCUUCAUUUCUCGAUGUUCAGAUUCUGGGGAUCUCAGGACCAAGAACCACAAUCUCGUCCACAGGAUGCUCCUUCACAAACAGGGUACCCAUCCUUUGUUGGCAAUUCUUCAACAUAUUCUCAACCAUUAACAGCUGGUAACAAUGCUUCUAACAGCUAUAAUCUACAGAGGCCAUUUGAAAGGCCUCAGUCUCCUUCGCAUGUCUCACCUGCUGAAGCUGCUGGAAUAAUUUCAUCAUUGAAGUACAAGAGCGUUGAUGAGCUACGUAUGCUUUUGACCGACAAAGAGGCCUACAACCAAUUUUUACUUGCUCUUGAUCAAGUCAAGGCUGAAAAUAAUGUUAGAGAUGAAAUACAGAAAGAAAUGCUCCAGCUUGCUAGAUCGAAUUUGGAUAAAGAGCCACAGAUUGUAGAACUGAGGAAUCAAUGUAGUAUCAUCCGGACGACUGAGCUGGCUGCAGCGCUGGAGAAAUUAAAUGACUUGGAGAAGAAAAAGGAAGAGCUCCUGAAGUGCUACUCUUCAGCAUCUCUUCUGCACAGAUUGCAAGAGGAAAUGAACAAGACAGAUGGAGAGUCUGACAACCUUCACAGCCAGUUCCUUGACAGGGAAAUUGAGCUCAUGGCAUUUGUCCAGAAACACAAGAAACUAAGAUCUUUGUACCAUCGCCACGCAAUGACAUAUCUUGCUGCCAAGACAUCUCUAAUGCCAUGAGUCUAUCAGAUGCUCAUGCUGGGAUUUGGUAGUGUAUACUUUUUACAUUCAUUUUCAUAUGAGCUGGUAUUCGGGGUUUGGUUGCUUACGCUAAUUUAUUUUUCUAUUUGUAUGUAAAAAUUUAAUCGAUAAUGUAUAUUUUUGAGUGUAAAGGAGGUAGGUGUGUUGGCAAAACUAUUCGCUACUGGCCACUGCUUCUUCAUUAGAUUUCUGUAUCCAUUCUUAUUCUGUAGCAGAAAGUGAUGUUGAGUUUUCAAGUU